CAAGGGAGAGUUAGGGAGAGAUGGAGAAGGAGAGAGAGAGAACAAACGGGAGUAAUGUUGGACACGAAAAAGAGAGCCUGAGAGUGUCUGUACAUCUUGGAGGUAAAGAGCGAGGGAGAGAAAGAAGAAGAUUAAAAGAGACAGAAAAAGAACAGGAGAUGGAGCGUUAUACGAGCUAAAAGCACGUUCAGAGAUCGAACAGACCAAUCCUCCUGUGGCUCGAGAUCGAGAGGAGAGAAACAGGGGAGGAGAGAGAGAGAGAGAGAGAGAGAGAUGGAUCCUGGAAGAGAGGGAGCAAGUAAGUCGCGCAGAUGGACAGAGGAAUAGGAGCAGACCAGACGCAGAGCCACUACCUCAUCUGAAUGAGGGAUCUCGUCCCCCUGCAUCCAAACCCACGGAUCAGCCAGCAGCCAGUGUUCCCAGGAAAGACAGUCCCCCGUUAUUCUGACCCACAUUCGGACCCACGCUCGGACUAAAGGAUUGAGAGAUACACAAGCAUGGCGGCAUCAUCCCUCAAGGUGUGACCGAUAUCUACAGUCUGACUGACAGGCUUGACCAUCUUCCCAGGUCCCACAUCCCUCCUGCCUGUGAACAAGGACCACCUACAUCGGCCAUCACCGUGAGGGUGACUACAUUAGCCUGACGGCCCACCUAAACCACCUUACACAGGAGUCCCCCCUGAACUACAUUCCCCAGGGGUUCCACUAAAGCCCAAUUCAACAGGUAUCACCUCCUUUUGCCACCGGAAAGCCGAAACUACAGUACCCAGCAGCAUGCAGACCCCGGGCUCCAUGGUUACGGGCAUCGUGUUCGCCCCGCUGGGCCUGGUGCUGGUCUUUGUGGCGGCCAUCACGCCCCAGUGGCGGGAGGGGCAGACCCGGCUGACGGGCGUGGCCGGCGCCGAGCCCCUCGUGCUCCUGCGCUCCGACGGCCUGUGGGAGAGCUGCCUGCAGGUGGCGCAGUCGGAGCUGAAGCAGUGCUGGCCCGUGGCGGGGGCCUACCAGGGAGACCCGCGGGUACGGCUGUCGCAGGGCCUGGUGCUCAGCUCCCUGUUCCUGUGCGGCGCCGGCAUCGUGCUGGCCAGCGUGGGCGUGCGCUGCUGGACUGACCUGCCCCUGAGGGGCGUGGCUGCAGCCGGGGGUGCGCUGGUGGCGCUGUCCGGCCUGCUGAGCCUGACUGCCGUGGGGGUUUACACGCACGGCCUGGGGGCGCUGGGGCAGGCGCCACCGCGCUGGACUCCCCACAGGCUGCCCCGGCUGAGCCUGCACCCGGCCGGGUCACUCUACUUCGGCUGGGUGGGGGGGUUUGUGCAGGUGCUCGGGGGGGCGGCGCUGCUGCUCAGCUUCAGGAUUCGGCCCCAGUGCCCCUCCUGUGGGCUGUGCUCCCAGCCCAAGGACAAGCAAGACACGGAGGUGUACGAAAUCACCUGCUAGUUGGGGGCGGGAAGAGAGCUACUGUGGGUGUGUGUGUAGGUGUGUGUGUGUGUGUGUCGGCGCGUGGUGGACUGAAGACAACAGUGGUUGACUAUAUCACGCCCGCCGCGAGUCGUUGCUAUGAGCCAAACUAAUACAAAUCAGGCGGUAACACAACUGCUUGUUUGUGCCCAUCGAAGUUACUGGAGAAAGGCAGGAAAAGACGAUGUACUGAGGAAAAUCUCGGCGCCAUGGAUGUGCGGUCUGGCUCGACAAGACCAUGUUGAGCAGGGGACUCUGCGUGGUCUCGGCUAAGUGGCUGGAGUCUUAUUUGACUUUA